CGAUCAGCGUGUUUUUGUUGUGAAUAGUUUCUGUCAGUUUACUCAGGCGACUCAGCUGAUGCAUUGUUUGAAAAUGGUCUUCAAAUUUUAAAAGACAGAGCCGAUUUUGGAAGUGUGCAUAGCCAAAUAGUGACAUUACCGAUGGCAAGUCGUCGCGCUGUGCACCGAUCUGAUUAUGAAAAAGAAACUCCUUCGACAAGUGAGGAUUUGGAAUCAGCCAAGAUAUUAUUAAGAAACCCAAAACCGCAUUCGAAGUACCAUAUACUUGCAUUUGUGCUUACGUUCUUCAGCUAUGCACUCUUCCAUGCUACUAGAAAAACCUUCAGUAAUGUUAAAGUUACUAUAUCUGCCACAUGGACUCCUCAGAACUUAUCUUUACCAAGUGUAUUUGACGAUAAUUGGAAUGGUCACCAUUUAUUUGACACACCAGAUGAUACUUCAGUAUUUCUAGGUGUAUUAGAUACCGUAUUUAUGACUUCUUAUGCAACUGGAUUGUUCAUUAGUGGUGCCAUUGGCGAUCGAAUGAAUCUUAAAUACGUUUUAGCAUUUGGAAUGUGUUCAUCCUCUCUUACAGUUUUUAUGUUUGGAGUAGUUAGUGAAUGGCUCCAUAUAUACAGUAAGAUAUGGUAUGUGGUAUUUUGGACCCUAACAGGCUUAUUGCAGUCUACUGGAUGGCCUACUGUUGUAGCUGUUAUUGGAAAUUGGUUUGGAAAAUCAAGUCGUGGUUUUGUUAUGGGAGUAUGGGGAGCCUCUCCAUCUGUUGGAAAUAUUGUGGGAACUUGCAUUGUGAAUGGUGUUUUACAUUUUGGGUACCAGUACUCUUUUCUGGUAACAUCCAGUGUUACAUUUGCUUUUGGCAUUGUUAUCUUGUUCAGUUUGAUAUCAUCACCACGUGAUGUUGGUCUUCCUGGGCCUGAUGAAUUCUCUAAAUCUGCUCGGACCUCUCUAUCUCCUGAUGAAGAACCUCUUUUGGGACCUGGUAUGGCGACAAGAAGUAUUGAAAGCACAACCUCUGUUCGGCCUACAGCUGUAGGCUUAUGCCAUGCAUGUUGUUUGCCUGGUGUUGUGGCUUAUUCUGUCGCAUAUGCAUGUUUGAAGUUUGUCAACUAUUCGUUUUUUUUCUGGUUGCCAUAUUAUCUGCAAAUGGCUUAUGGAUGGAAAGAAGAUAAAGCUGAUUUGCUUUCUGUUUGGUAUGAUGUUGGAGGAAUAAUAGGUGGUAUCCUCAUUGGAUUUUUGUCAGAUAGAUUAGAAAGUCGGUCACCAGUUGUUGGUUUAAUGCUUGUUAUAGCUCCAUUUUCUUUGUACAUAUAUAGUGAGGCUCCUGCUGAUCUAACAAUAAAUGCUGCUUUGAUGACUUUUACUGGAACAAUUAUUGGUGGUGUUGCUAGUCUUAUUAGUACUGCUGUUUCUGCUGAUUUGGGGAGACAUCCUGAACUUGCUAACAGUAAAGAGGCAUUAUCUACGGUAACUGGUAUCAUUGAUGGCACUGGAAGCUUUGGUGCUGCUAUUGGACAAGUUUUAGUUCCUAUUAUUAUGAAAAAAUUUGGAUGGAAAUCUGUUUUUUAUGUGUUCAUUAUUAUGACAAUUUUAACACUUGUAUGUAUUAUUGAUAUUGUCUAUCGAGAUACAGUUGCUUUAGUGAAAAGAGUUAUAAGAAGAAUUUUUGCUGUCAGUGUGGACGAUGGGCUUAUUAAUGCUGAGAGAGAAAAUUCUUCAUUGGAUCAAUGAGAAUUUUGCUAGCAAAAUUUUAUAGGUAGAUUUCUGAAUGAUAUCUUUUCAAGCAUGACAUCUGUGAUGAUGCUAGUUGAAUUUAAGACUUUUUAAAACUGAAGAGCUUGCAGGAUUGCAUUCGUUUCAUUUGGUUAGAUUUAUUUAUUUUUUAUUAUUUAAAAUACUCGGCUGUUUUACCUGUUAUGCUAUUUAUUAUCUGGCUCUGUGAAGAUGAUUCUAAAAAGGUCACAAAUAACCUGCAAUCACCUAUAAAAAAUAUUAUCCAGAUAAAAUGUUAAAUAGAAGGACCUAAGACAUUUUCUGCCGUUUUUAUUUGUUUGCUUGAAACUUUCUACAAAACUAUAGGAAUAAUCUCAUCAGUGCCGGACAAUAAAUAUUACGAAAUACGUUUUAUGGAGAAGUUAUAUGUUAAACCUCUUAAAUAAUGUUAGUGGAUAGACUUAGGAUAUUCAAGUUUUAUUUGAAUAUCCUAUGUCUUCCUAAAUGUUUAUUUAAAUUGAUAUGAAGUUAUCGGUGAUUUCUGUCAUGUGUUGUCAGAUCUAUCAAGGGAGCAUUUAUGUUACUAUUUUUUUAAAUGUAUAUUUAAUGUAUGUAUUGUAAACAAUAUGCUUUAUUGAUUUUAAAUAUUUUUAGAGAAAUUUUAUCAGUGUUAAAAAUAUAUUUAUAAUCAGGAUUUUGUUAAUAUGUCUCAUUCUUUAGACUUCUUUAGGCUAUCUUUUUUUUUUUCCUUUGAAAUUCAAAACAGUUAUUUGCUCCUUGCUGUGGAUAAACUAUAUGAAUAUGUGGGAAUGACAUAUUUAACAUUCCAGCAUAUUUUAAUGAAAAUGUGAUUAAAAUUGCAGUCCAAAAUUACAUUUAAUAGAUGCAUAAAAUUCCAUUGUUUCCCUGGAAUCUACAAAAAUUAUGAAUGAUGAGGAUUUGCAUGUAAUUCAAAUAGAUGUGCGCCCUUUGUUAUUGGUAAAUAUUAUUAUAUGUAUGAAAAUUUUUGUUUCCGUGUCAUUUCUUUGUACUCAGCACAAAAAAAAAUAAAAUAUUUCUAUGAAACAUA